AUGCGUAAUUUCGAAAACGCACUUGGGUGUUGUCCGGCUUGAUGAUUGUAACAACGCUAACGUAAUGAUCAAACAGUUUUAUUUGAUUUUCUGACUGAUACAUUACGUUCUUAUUAUUAGUAGCAAUAUUAAAAUAGCUAUGAAAUUAUGAUGAGUGGUUUCGUGUAUUAUUUCUUUGUGUUGCUUUGCUAUAGCAUUACGAAAUCAGAUGCAGACUCAGUAAGAUAUUAUUACGACUACGAAUGUAAUGAGCCACUGGUUGCCAACUCUAAGUUGACUGCCACUUCCAGCCUUAGAGACAGGGGACCUGAGAAUGCUAAGUUAUUUGGUUUGAACGCUUGGACGGCUUCGGAGAAUGACUUCGACCAGCAGCUGGUCAUUGACCUGGGUAGCGUAAAGAACAUAACGCGGGUGGCGACGCAGGGCCGCGCGCACUCGCAGGAGUUCGUCCAGGAGUAUCAUAUCAGCUAUGGCUCCAACGGACUUGAUUACGUUCAGUAUAAGGCCGCCGGCGGAGAAGUCAAGAUGUUCGAAGGCAACCACGACGGCAAUACGGUGCAGAAGAACGAAUUCGAAGUGCCCAUCAUAGCACAGUUCAUUCGGAUAAACCCCAUGAGAUGGAGAGACAAGAUCUCCAUGAGAGUCGAGGUCUAUGGAUGCGAUUAUGUUGCGGACACGCUAUACUUCAACGGAACAUCCUUAGUCAAGAUGGAUCUCCUACGUGACCCUAUCUCCGCGUCCCGGGAGGUGAUCCGCUUCAGAUUCAAGACCAGUACAGCAUCAGGCGCGCUCAUGUACUCCCGGGGUACGCAGGGAGACUACCUGGCUUUGCAGCUCAGGGAUAACCGACUUGUGCUCAAUAUUGAUUUGGGAUCCGGUACAUCCACCUCCCUAUCAGUGGGCAGCUUACUAGACGACAAUAUCUGGCACGAUGUGGUGAUCUCCCGCAACCGACGCUCCGUCAUCUUCUCAGUGGACCGCGUUAUAGUGCAGGAUCGCAUCAAGGGAGAGUUCUCCAGGCUUAACUUGAAUAGGGCUUUCUACAUAGGCGGCGUACCUAACUUCCAAGAAGGUUUAGUAGUGAACCAGAACUUCACGGGCUGCAUCGAGAACAUGUACCUCAACGCUACCAACGUCAUCCAGGACCUGAAGCAAGGGUACGAAAGUGGAGAGCCCUUCAAGUUCCAGAAAGUUAAUACGCUUUAUGCUUGUCCUGAACCCCCAGUAGUACCAAUAACGUUCCUCAAAGAAGGUUCAUACGCGAAGCUUCGCGGCUACUCGGGCGGCAACACGCUGAACAUCUCGCUGGAGUUCCGCACCUACGAGCUGCACGGCCUGCUCAUAUACCACAAGUUUAAUACUGACGGAUAUGUCAAGGUAUACAUAGAAGAAGGAAGAGUAAAAGUAGAACUAGAAACGCCAGGUUCCCCUCGGGUCAAGCUGGACAACUAUGCUGAAGAGUUCAAUGAUGGUCGCUGGCACUCCCUACUCCUCACAAUGGCUACUGACAGCCUAACGUUGGCCGUAGACUAUAGGCCCGUGAAGACUCUGAAGAAACUCCGGUUCAUGACCGGAAGCACUUAUUAUAUUGCUGGUGGUAAGGCGCCACCACGCGGGUUCGUGGGCUGCAUGCGUAAGAUCGCGGUGGACGGCAACUACCGCCUGCCCACCGACUGGAAGAAAGAGGAGUACUGCUGUCCCAAUGAAGUCGUGUUCGAUGCCUGCCAGAUGAUUGAUAGAUGUAACCCGAACCCGUGCGAGCACGGCGGCGUGUGCUCGCAGACGGCGGACGAGUUCAGCUGCAACUGCCAGGCCACCGGCUACGCCGGCGCCGUCUGCCAUACUUCCGUCCACCCGCUGUCAUGCCAGGCGUACAAGAACGUGCAGGCGGUCUCCCGGUCAGCCGACAUACAUAUCGACGUGGACGGGUCGGGUCCGCUGCCCGCCUUCCCCGUCACAUGCGAGUUCUAUUCGGACGGUCGCAUAAUCACCGCAGUGCAGCACUCGGCGUCGCAGAACACGGUGGUGGACGGGUACCAGGAGCCGGGCAGCUUCCGCCAGGACAUCGUGUACGAGGCGUCGCGGCCGCAGCUCGAGGCGCUGCUCAACCGCUCGCACUCCUGUCUGCAGCACCUCGAGUACAUGUGCAAGCAUUCCCGGCUGCUUAACUCGCCCAGCGAGGAGUCGUCGUUCCACCCGUUCGCGUGGUGGGUGUCCCGCUCGGGGCAGCGCAUGGACUACUGGGCCGGCGCGCCGCCCGGCUCGCGCAUGUGCCAGUGCGGCGUGCUGGGGGCUUGUGCCGACCCCACCAAGUGGUGCAACUGCGACGCAGAGCAUAUGAAGCCUGAUGAAUUCCAAGUUGACGGCGGCGAGAUUACUGAAAAGGAGUUCUUGCCGGUGAAACAGCUGCGGUUUGGUGACACUGGGUCGCAUCUCGACGAGAAAGAAGGACGGUAUACACUCGGACCUCUGCUGUGUGAAGGAGACGAUCUAUUUAGCAACGCGGUAACGUUUCGCAUCUCGGACGCGGUGAUCACGCUGCCGAUGUUCGACCUCGGACACAGCGGCGACAUCUACUUCGAGUUCAAGACCACCAAGGAAAAUGCUGUGCUUUUGCAUUCUAAGGGUCCCCAAGACUACAUAAAGCUGUCCAUCAUCGGCGGAGAUCAGCUGCAGUUCCAGUUCCAAGUGGGAGACACUCCGCUCGGCGUGUCCGUGGAGACCAGCAACCGCCUCGCUGAUAAUAACUGGCAUUCUGUUAGCAUUGAGAGGAAUAGGAAAGAAGCCCGCGUGGUAGUAGACGGCGCCCUAAAGAACGAGAUCCGCACAGCCAAGGAACCUGUCCGGGCGCUGCACCUCACCACGGGGCUGGUGCUGGGCGCGGCGCUGGACCGCAAGGACGGCUUCGUGGGCUGCGUGCGCGCGCUGCUGCUCAACGGCAGGCCCGUCGAUCUCAGGAGCUAUGCGCAGAGAGGACUAUACGGCAUCUCCGAAGGCUGCGUGGGUAAAUGCCAGUCGUCUCCGUGCCUCAACAACGGCACGUGCCUCGAGGGGUACGACUCGUACUCCUGCGACUGUCGCUGGACGGCAUUCAAGGGACCGAUCUGUGCUGAUGAAAUCGGCGUGAACCUCCGUCCGAACUCGAUAAUAAAGUACGACUUCCUCGGCUCGUGGCGGUCCACCAUCGCCGAGAAGAUCCGCGUCGGCUUCACCACCACCAACCCCAAGGGAUUCCUGCUCGGAUUCUACUCUAACAUCUCUGGAGAAUAUCUUACUCUACAGGUUUCUAACUCUGGUCAUCUCCGCGUGGUAUUCGACUUCGGGUUCGAGCGGCAGGAGAUAGUCUUCCAAGGUAAACACUUCGCGCUCGGCCAGUACCACGACAUUCGACUCUCCAGGAAGAACGGCGGCGCCACCAUGCUGUUACAGGUGGACAACUACGAGACUCAAGAAUACAACUUCAACAUCAAAGACUCAGCCGACGCCCAGUUCAACAACAUACAGUACAUGUACAUCGGGCGCAACGAGUCCAUGAGCGAAGGCUUCGUGGGCUGCGUGAGUCGCGUGGAGUUCGACGAUAUAUACCCGCUCAAGUUGCUGUUCCAGCAGGACCCGCCGCCUAAUGUUAGGAGUUUGGGAGGUGGCGUACUAAACGAGGACUUCUGCGGCGUAGAACCCGUGACCCAUCCGCCCGAGCGCGUGGAGACCCGGCCCCCGCCCGACCUCGACCUGCAGCGAGACCUCGACCUGCACAACACAGACGAGGCCAUCCUCGGCACUGUACUGGCGUUCAUAUUCCUGUUACUGAUCAUCGUGGCCAUUGUGUUGGUGCGAGCGCUCUCAAGGCAUAAGGGAGAAUAUCUCACACAGGAGGAGCGUGGCGCGGACGGCGCGGCGGACCCGGACGCGGCGGCGCUGGCGGCCGCCACCGGGCCCCGCGUCACCAAGCGCAGGGAGUUCUUCAUAUAGGCAUCACCGCAUACCUUAUACUUACACCGCUGAAGACACUGGACUUGCUAAACGAUAUUGUGAAAAUGUACUAGUAAGCCUGACUCUAAUAAAACCAUGGGUGUGUUAACCAUAGAACACACAGUACUAGCUAGUUGGUCAUGAUGUCUUAAAUCGAUACGAUAUUGAGACUACUACCUACGUGUGAUCAUUUUCAGCAGUCGGAGCACAUGCAAGCUGGCUAUAGGAAUGCUCCUCACGCGAUAAGGCAACAAAAUCGCUAGAACCAGAUCGGCCAGUACAAUAAGGUGUCGAAUUCAUGCCGUCAUCAAUACUGACCAAUAUAUCGAUGAGUUAUAUUUCCGUUAACGCGCCCAAAUUUACCCAGUACUACCUUGCCCCAUACAAAUCUUUACCAGCUGCAACUAUAACAUAACAAUAAUUAAAAAUAGCUUAUAAAAAUACUGGCUAAUGAACUUUACAAUAGACUCUAAACGAAAUAAAACAUGAAAAAUAUCACUAAUAUAAUAUGUAACUUAUAAACUACAGAACAAAACAUAUUCACUCCAAUAAACAUGAAAAAUAUAUUUGGCUUAAAACCACGAUACACUGAAACUUAUAAAAAUUAUGUAUCAUAUUCUAAAAUGAAACUAGUACAACAAAAAACAUUUCUAAAGACAAUAUUUCAGUAUUCCAAUGUCAUUAUAUGACUCAAAAUUCGCUUGACAUGUAAAAAUGUGUAAGUAUAUUUAUAAUUAAACAAUUUUUUUAUUGUUUACGGUUAUACUCACGCACAGCUAUCCGAUCAGUUUCACGGAGAAACAAGAAAUAAAAUGACUAAAAUUGCAUGCUCGAUAUUUUGACAAACUUUGAUAACCUUUGCAAUCAGUUUGACGUUUCUUAUUAACUUAUCUCUAUAAAACAAAACAAAAUUUGAGGUCAAAAUAACUUUAGUUCAUAAAAACUAUAAAUGCACUGUGUAAGUAAAUGAUAAUGACUUAUCAAAGGUUAUAUUAUAAUAUAGGAACAUCUAAAAAUGUCUGACUAUCUGUACUAAUUAAUUGUAUGUUUAAAUUGUAAAGUAUUUCUCCCACUAAGUGCCAUCUGGCUACUUGCUAUCACUCCUAUUUAGGCUUCAAGCUAUCUGAAGAAUCUCGAUCUUGUAAAGCUCUCAAAUAUGUUUCAAAUACAGUUAUUAUUAUGAAUCUCUUCAUUUAUAUAGCUCUCGAAUUAUGUAUCACUUUACAGACUUAAAAUACUUGUAUAACUCAUUUAAAAAUAAAAUCUUCUCGCCUUCCUUUUUACCCGACCGCACAAUGCAAAGGAGGGUAAUGUGUUUAUUGCUAAGUAUAAAUAUUAGAAUUCUUCCACAAAUCAUAAAAUUAAAGAUACUCAUGUAUAUCUCACGAAACAUUUAGGAUAAAAUUGAAUUCUACAGUUCACGCAAUAAGGUCGUAAAUCGCUUUAACAAGACAAGAAAAUUAUAUGAAAUAAUACAAACUAGUGUAAGAUUAAUAUUAGGUUCUUUAUAGUUUUAUAACAUUUGAUUAUCGACAUAGAAGUUUAUUUUUAUUUAGACUGCUUACUUAUAAGCGAUUAGGAUAUUAUUAGUUUAAGACAAAACGCGUUGGAAACACAUUUUUUUAUUUUAUUUCCGUCCAAAAUGAUCUUUUUGUUACUUAACGGUCGUGUGAUUAUUUUUAUUUACUUUAAAAUAAUGUGAUUAGGGUGAUUAUUCAGUAUAAUAUAAAAUCUAACAUGAAACGUGCCCUUUCACACAUUAUAUACGAGUGUAAUAUUUUUUUUUGUAACUUGUGUAAAGUUAUGAGUGUGUAUAUGUAUAAUUAUUUUGUAAACAUUUUAUUUAUGUGACGUAUUAUAUUUUUUUUUUACAUUAUGAUAUAAGUUUGUACUCCGAUAUAAGCUCCUCUGAAAAGUUCCAAAUACAAAUAUGAAUUAGUAUCAUGCUUUAUCAUCGUUAAGGAAAGUUAUAAAUAAUGUCAUACGAAUGACGCUGACCCCCAAAUUUUGAAAGUGCAAAUGUAAAGAGAAUUAACUGUAAUAAAAUAUGAAGUCGAUAAUCUUUCAGAAUUUGGGGCAAAGUCUAUAUACAUAAAUAGGAGUGUGCUCUGAUUUGUAAUAAAUGAAUGAAGGAAUAUAACAAAUGUCACUUGAUCGUCCAUACUCCUUUAGCUUUGUCAUUGCAAAUUCAACCUUAUCUCAGUGCCAUACGUGUCAUAUUUAAAUACUGUAAAAAUUAAAUAAACUGCAAAGAAAUUUGAGCUCUAUGUAACAUUACUAAGGUUCAUAUUUGUUCCGGUGAAUGUAUACGAUCAAGUGGGAUUGUGCGGUAUGAUAAGGUGUGUGUGCCUUAACAGAAACCGAGACGGAGCCGCGGCACGUAGUAUAGUCACUGAUAUGUAGCGUGUUGAUAGUAGAGUUUUUAUUUUACUACUUCGAGUAUCACGAAUAAAUUUUCCACAAAUACAUUA